AAAACCUAAUAACUAAUCUUCUUCAUCAUCUUCCCAUUCAAUCCAUAAAUGGAUUCAAUCGACUCAAUCCUUCACAUGCUCGCCUCUCUCUUCUCUCUCCACAAUUUAUCUCUGACUUUUGCUCUAAACCAAACCAAUUCUUCAAAAUUUCUACAAAUGUUUGUGAACAUGAACCGAAAAUGAAGAAAACCCUACAUUUGUUAGAUGGGCAGAGAAGUGAUCGGAAAACGAGUGGAUACAAAAGAGGCGGCGACGAAGACAGUGUCGGAGUGGGAGGUGGGUUUGCCGAGCGCUGACGAUCUAACUCCUCUUUUUCAGAAACUGAUCUGGCCGGAGUCCGCCAGAGCAUGGUCGGCGUGAAUCGGGCAUCCAUCAAGUCUUUGUUGCUAGACAUGACUUGGUCCUUCGAACUAAAAAGGAGGUGAAUGAUUUCCGCUGUUCCAUGUUGUGCAAUGAUUUCUGAUGCGUGUGGUGUACAUUCUUCUGGCGACUGGGUUGUCACUUUCUUCUUCGUCGUUCAUAGCUUUCACGGAGCGAGCACAGGUUGGUCCUGUGCGUGUGGAUGGGGUCGAGGAAUUAAAAUGGAGAGUAAGUUCCAUGUGGUGCAAUUUUAACCCCUUUUAACUUUUUUGAUGCAUGUGGUGUAAAUACUUGCUGGCACAGAGCCAAAAUAGGCUCACGGUGUGUGUUUUAGUGUUUGGGUGGUGGGUGGGUGGGUGGGGGCGAAUUAAAAUGGAGAGUAAGUUACAUUGCAAGUGUCUGAGAGUGGAGCGUGUUAACGCCUUGGUAUAUUUCGUAACACUAUAAAAACCAAGUAUGGAGACCUUAAACAGCACAUCUCACUCUGAUACAAUGGCUAUCAUUGAAUAUCCUGAGAUACUCUUUCUACUUCUAUGCUUUAUUGUUCUUUGUUAUUGGAGAAGCUCCAUACUAAUAAAUUGGCCUCUUGUUGGUAUGUUGCCGGGGCUUAUUCGAGUUGCUAACAACCUCCUUGAGAUUGCCACCGAGGUUCUCAAGCAAUAUGGAGGUACAUUUGAGUUUAAAGGCCCUUGGUUUGCUAACAUGGACAUGCUGAUCACUGCUGAUCCUGCCAAUAUCCACCACAUCUUGAGCAGAAACUUCUCAAACUACCCCAAAGGUCCUGAAUUUAAAAUGAUUUUUGAAAUGUUUGGAGAUGGGAUUCUCAACACUGAUUCAGAGGUGUGGGAAGCCCACAGGAAAACCGCCUUGCCCAUGAUGAACCACGAGAAGUUCCGAAACCUCAUAGAGAGAAGUAGCUGGCAGAAGGUGAAAGAAGGGCUAAUACCAGUUCUUGAUCGCAUCUCCGGCCUAGGAACUGAGGUUGACUUGCAAGGGCUACUUCAAAGGUUUACUUUUGAUACUAUCUGCAUGAUAGUUGCAGGGCAUGAUCCAGGCAGCCUCUCCAUUGCCUUACCACACAUUCCAUGUGAGAAGGCAUUUUUUGAUGCUGAGGAGGCCAUAUUCUAUAGGCACAUAUUGCCAGAAAGCUUAUGGAAGUUGCAAAAAUGGCUUCAAAUUGGCAGAGAGAAGAAGCUGAGUAAUGCUUUGCUGGACAUUGAUCAAUUUGUGAACCAGCGUAUUUCAAUGAAGCGCGAAGAAAGUGAAAGCAAAGCCAAAAUGGUGGAGCACCAAGAGGAGGGUUUUGACUUGCUAUCAGGAUUCAUGAAAGCAUACACAGGAAAGAAUGGUUCUUCUGGUGAUUGUGUGAAGUUUCUUAGAGACAACUUAAUGAAUAUGCUCUUCGCAGGGAAAGGCUCCGUAAGUGCUGCCCUCACUUGGUUUUUCUGGCUCAUUGCGACAAACCCUUUAGCAGAAAACAAAAUCCGAGAAGAGAUGAAAGCAAAGUUGCAUGUCAAAGAAGAUGAUAAAUGGAGUUUUUUCAAUGUUGAAGAGUCGCGUAAACUGGUGUACCUCCAUGGAGCUUUGUGUGAGUCUCUAAGAUUGUUCCCACCGGUAUUUAUAGAGCAUAAAACUCCACUUCAACCUGACAUCCUUCCUAGCGGCCAUCGCGUUGAUCCAAAUUCAAGGGUAUUGCUGUCUUUUUAUUCGAUUGGAAGGAUGGAGACAGUAUGGGGAGAAGAUUGCUUAGAGUUUAAGCCGGAAAGGUGGAUUUCUGCGCGAGGAGGAAUCAAACAUGAACCAUCUUUCAAGUUCCCGACAUUCAAUGCUGGACCGAGGAGUUGUUUAGGGAAGCAGUUGGCUUUCAUUGAAAUGAAGAUAGUUGCAUCAACCAUUAUCCAUAAUUAUCAUAUUCAAGUGGCAGAAGGUCAUCCUAUUUCCCCAAGAAGUUCAAUGUUACUUCAUAUGAAACAUGGUCUGAAGGUCAGGAUUACCAAAAGGAGUGUGUGACGAAUAAGAGUUCACUCAUCACUGAAGAGGUGGUGUUUGGCAAAAUGAAUUAUCUUCGUGGUUUUAGUUUUAACCUUGUGUGAUAGUACCAUGUAAUAGCAACUUGAUUAAUUAUUGCAUGAAUAAAAUUGUUUGUUGCAUUGUA